GGCAGCAAGAUGGCAAAUAGGCUCACGUUUCUAUUAAUGCUUCUACAACUUUGGCACUUUGCCAUGCCAAGUCAGUCGGUCAACGAUCUAUCACAGUUUGCCGAUUCGAAUCGGACAGUUUUCAAUCUGGAUGCACUUACUGAAACUCAAACAAACUUUCCCAUACAAAUUGGCAAGAAGUUCUACCAUGUUGAGACCAAGUUGGAGGUCAACUGGCAUCAGGCCGCGCACAAUUGCCGCCAGCUGGGGGGACACUUGAUCAACUUUGAGAGCAGCCAGGAAAUGGACGUGAUUCUAUCGAUCGUGCCAUCUGCCAGAUACUGGACCUCUGGUAACUGUCUAGCAAAGGACAGGGUUUGGAUCUCCAUUGCCACUGGCGAGGCCAUGCCCUACCUAAGAUGGCAUGCAGGCGAGCCCAACAAUGCGGGAGGCGCAGAGCUUUGCAUCGAACUCAAACGGACCGCCUUCAAUGAUGAUCGAUGCGCGAUUGCAAUUAAUUAUAUAUGCGAAGCCAAGAUAUUGUAAUAUA